AAGUGACCCAUCUCAUAAACCCUAGAUCUGAUCUGAGGCAGCCGAAGUCCCCAUCUGUCGACGACCAUCUCAUAAACCGUAGAUCUGAGGCAGCCGAACUCCCAAGUCCUCCCUACCCGCGACGACGCCCACCUCAGCUACAAACCCUUAACCAAUCAAAGAUGCCCAAAUCCAAACGCAACAGAACUGUUACGCUCUCCAAGACCAAGAAGAAGGGAAGAGGACAUAAAGAAGCAAUCUUGGGCGCGAUCAAACAAGCAGUGCAUGAUUACAGCUCUGCAUAUGUUUUCACUUUCGAGAACAUGAGGAAUCAAAAGUUUAAGGAGUUUAGAGAGCAGCUCAAGUCUAGUAGCAGGUUUUUUCUUGGGUCGAAUAAGGUUAUGCAGAUCUCGUUGGGUCGGUCUGUGGGCGAUGAAGUCAAGCCGGGCUGUCAUAAGCUUGCUAAAUUUUUGCGAGGUGAUUCGGGUCUUUUCUUCACCAAUUUGGACAGGGAGGAGGUUCAGAGGGUUUUUGAAAAAUUUGAAGAGCAUGACUUUGCAAGAACAGGAAGCACUGCAACAGAAAAGGUAGAGUUAAAGGAGGGUCCUUUGGAACAGUUCACACAUGAAAUGGAGCCAUUUCUUCGGAAACAGGGAAUGCCUGUUCGCUUGAACAAAGGUGUUGUAGAGUUGGUUUCAGACUUUGUAGUUUGUGAAGAAGGAAACCCUAUAUCUCCAGAAGCAUCUCGUAUACUGAGAUUACUUGGAAUCAAGAUGGCUACCUUCAAGCUCCACCUUGUUUGUCGUUGGAGCCCUGAUGAUUUUGAAGUCUUCAGAGAAGGGUUGGAUCUUUCAGAUAUUGAAUCCUCAUAGAUGCCAUCAACUUUUCCAUGUUAGAUUUUUCAGCAGUUUUUGUGUUUGUGGCUGAUCAAAAUGUUAUGUUGCGAUUGGUUGAAGUUAUGAUUCGUAACCACCUUUUAUAUGUAAAAUUGACUGAGAAUUACUCAGCUGAGUUAAUUUUGGUGGUACGCUUAUUUAUUUUCUUGCUGCUGUGAAGAUCGAAAUUUUGUUUGCUCAUAUGACAUUACAUUAUUCCGC